UCCAUCAAUCUCUUCAUCUUUCUUGCCCCUCAACUAUUAUUCUGACUUAUACUCUGAGUCUGCAAUAAUGGGCAACCCCAAGGUCAAGGCCUAUGACAGGAAGGAGCUGACCUCCUUUGGAAAUGCUGUUAAGCAUGUGGAUGACCUCAAGGGCACUUCUGCUAAGCCUAGUGAGAGGCACUGUGAUGCAUUGCCUGUGGAUCCUGAGAACUUCAGACUCCUAGGCAACGUGAUUUUGAUAAUCUUGGCAACCCACUUCAGCAAGGAAUUUACCUCACAGAUGCAGGAUGCCUGACAGAAGCUGACAACUACUGUGAUUUAUGCUCUGGCCCACAGGUACCACUGAAUUGCCUGUCCAACCAAGCUGGUGGAGUGAUCUGUGUUCCAAGAGAGUGCCCUGUCUCCAGA